AUGCCACCACUGAGACUGAGCGACAGGCUUGAGUCUAUCAAGGGCGUCAGACUGGCUGGUUCACCUCACGCUUGCGACGUCAACGUUCAUUAUUCAUCAGAUACCUGUCACGGCACCAUCGCAUCAAUCACCCCGCACGAUUUUCCCCCAAACAGUGAACCUUCUCAACCUCCUCUACUUUUGCCAGCCCUGACCCAUCCACACAUUCAUCUGGACAAAGCAUUUGUCCACAGUGCAUCUGAGUAUGUCCAUCUUCUUCCCUCCACCGGAACCUUCCAGGAAGCGCUAUCUUUUACCACCGAGGCCAAGGCAAGCUUCACAAGAUCCGAUCUCUUGACGAGAGGAGAAUGGCUACUUGCAGAGUCUGUUUCGUCGGGUGUGACUGCCAUAAGAGCAUUUGUCGAGAUCGAUCACACUGUGCAACUGAAGUGCCUGGACGCAGGAGUAACGCUCAAAGACCAGUGGAGCAAUGCUUGCGAAAUCCAGAUCGUAUGCUUUGCCCAAGACCCUAUCUUUUCAAGUGAUUUUGGAGAAGAGAACAUGGUCCUUAUCGAGAAAGCCCUCGCCCGAUAUCCCCAAAUCGACGUCAUCGGAACAACGCCUUACGUCGAGUCAAGCAUCGAGGCUGCCAAGAAGAACAUCGAUUGGGCAGUUGACCAAGCUUUGCAGCUUGAGAAGCAUCUUGAUUUCCAUCUCGACUACCAUCUUGACCCAAAUAAGGAAGCCCUGGUUUGGUACCUCUUGGAGACCCUCAAGCAACGAGGCUGGACUACAACCUCAAUAACAAAGCGUGUGAUGCUAGGGCAUUGCACACGGUUGUCCCUUUUCAGCGAAAGAGAAUGGGCCCAAAUUUCUCGUAUCAUUCAUGAAAAUGAUCUCCCUGUGAGUUUCGUCGGCUUACCAACCAGCGAUCUAUACAUGGCCGCUCCUCAACAAGAAAAUCAAGGGAAGCCCAGAGGCACCCUCGAAGUACCUGAGAUAAUUCGCAAGUAUGAAUUGGACGUGGUCAUGGGCGUGAACAAUGUCGGGAAUGCAUUUACUCCGUGGGGCUCUGCAGAUCCAUUGUUCUUGGCUUGCUUAGGAGUCGGCCUAUACCAGGCAGGAUCACAAACCGAUGCGGGGCUUUUAUACGAAUGCGUGUCAACGCGUGCUCGAGCUUCAAUUGGCCUAUCAUCUCCAAAGAAGAGCCUGGCAAUUAAUGAAGGCGAUUGUGCGGAUUUUAUAGUAUUUCGCGACAGAGACGAUACUGGGUGUGGAAUAUCACGCCCACGCAAAAGCGUGGCAGAGAUUGUGUGGGAUCCUCCUGGGCGCAUCAAUAGGGAUUUGGUGGUCAACGGUCGAUUGAACGUCUCGAGAGGUACCAAUUACGACGCAGAGCCCCUAUAUCAGUAUUUGUGA